AUGAAUCAAGAAAAACUUUGUUCUUAUUUGAAAUACUGGAUAUAUGACCAAUUAGUAAGUGAAAAAGUCACAGAUAAAAAUUUUUCGAUAUUUUUCAAUCUCUGGAAUGAGCGUAAAAAUAAAUGCCCUAGCUGUGAUUGCGAAUUUAACAUUACACGCUUUACCGAAGCGAAGCAGUUGAAAAAAGUUUAUGAUUAUUCUUUAUUUUUAAAGGUAUAUAAAAAUAUUGCUAAAAUAAACAAACAUAUAUCUAAAAUGUAUUAUUGUAAUUAUAUUGAGAAGGCUAAGGUAUUGCGCUUUCUAUUAUUAGAAUUCACAUGUAAAGAAAAUGAACAAAAUAAAGAAUUUUGUGAUGAAUUUAAUAAAUACGUGCGUCAUUAUAUUAAUGAUGAAGACUUAGUGAUAGAUGAGCUAGAAGAGGAAGAUGAACAUACAGAGGGAGAUGGUGAUACAGAGAAUGAUGAAAAUGAUACUGCAAUUUCUUGCGAUGUGGAUUUAACAAAGGAUCCUCGUCUAACAGAAGAUUUCAGGAAAGCCAAAGAAAUAGUUGAGGAAUUAGCUGCUGGUAAGAAAAAGGAACAAUAA